AUGGCGGAAGGAGAAACCCCGCUGGGGCAGGCCCUCCAACGUCUCGCUCACAUGCAGGAGACCACCACAGCAUUACAGCGACAGCAGAGCGAGGCUCUGCUCGGGAUCGCCUCGAGCCAGCGCGAGGACCGGGCUCUCCUACGGGAGCUGCUGCAGCGUCCGACCGCUCAGGAGGCCGAUCCCGCGACCAACCCGGCCCGACCGCCUUCAAUUGCCCUCCAGAAGUUGACGGCAGAGGAUGAUCCGGAGGCAUACCUGGACAUCUUUGAGGGCACAGCGGCGGUGUGCGGGUGGCCAGAGGAGGAGUGGCCGGCCCGGCUAUUGCUUCUGCUAUCUGGGGAUGCGCAGCUAGCCGCCCACAGCCUGCCAGCAGCCUCUCGGCAUGUGUACCGGCAUCUGAGGAAGGCCAUACUGGACCGGCUUGGCAGCACGCCAGAGGGACAUCGCCGCCGGUUCCGGGCCCUCCCCUUCGAGGACGCUGACCGGCCCUUCUCCUAUGCGCAGCGGCUCCGGGAUGCAGCGAGCCGCUGGCUCCAGCCGUGGGUGCGCUCCGCUGAAGAAGUCGUCGGGCAGGUGGCGCUGGAGCAGUUAAUCGCCGGCCUGCCAUCUUGGACGGCGAAUUGGGUCCAGUGCCAUCGCCCCGCCAACCUGGAAGCAGCCGUCGUCCUCGCGGAGGACCACCUCUCGCUUCCCCGGCGGAGCAUGAAAGAGGAGCCCCGACCACCAGCCGUUUCAGCGGCCCGACCCGUCCCAGCCCCGAGGAGGAGGUUUCCGGGAGCAGCUGCCCUUCCCUCCCCACCACCACACGGCCCCAACCCCGCAGCCCCGACACUUUUCCCCCAAGCCCUACCUUACCCUCCUGUGUUUAUCUCUCCCCAGGGUCCGGCCUAUGCUUCUGGUCGUCCGGCAACACGGGGGGCUCCUCAGACGUCAGGGCAGGAUUGCUGGCGGUGCGGGCAGCCCGGCCACUUCCGACGGGAGUGUCCUCUCAUGGAGGUCGGACAGCUGGUUCGGGUUGCGGGACCGCCAGUUGCCUCCCCCGAUUUGGAAGGGACGUACCGUAUACCGACCGAUGCCUCGAACAGUGGGGUGGGGGCCGUUUUGUCCCAGCAAGUAGAGGGGGUCGACCGCCCCGUACUGUACAUUAGCCGUAAGCUCGCCCAGAGGGAGGUGAACUACAGUACGGUGGAAAAGGAGUGCCUCGCCAUACGGUGGGCGGUCGGCGCCCUGCGGUACUACCUCCUGGGGCGCCCUUUCACCCUCUGGUCGGACCAUGCCCCGCUCCAGUGGCUCCACCGCAUGAAGGAUGCCAACGCUCGGAUCACUCGGUGGUAUCUGGCGUUACAGCCUUUCAACUUCAAGGUGAUCCACAGGCCGGGUAACCAGAUGGUCGUGGCUGAUUUCCUCUCUCGCUCAGCGGAGGGGGGGGAGAGUCAGCUUGCGGCCGGCGGGAUCCCGGCCUGA